AGUUGUACAGCUGUAAACAGAACUAAUCUCUAUCAAGCUGUGGAUUUGACGGGGACGUGACGGCCAGGUCCAUGACAAUCAUCCAGAUUCCAACCUUACCGUCACCCGUCACAGUUACCAGAUGAACCAGAACGGAGAAUGUCCCGUCCAGACGUGUUGCAUUUGUUUAAACUAGACCUUCCUUGACCUCUUUCUACUUGAGCACCCCCUCGCCUACUAUCAAAUAGAUCUUCCCUGCCCCUUUCCAAAUAGAUCUCCCCCUUACCUCCAAUGAACCCAGUCAACUAGAUCUUCCCUUGCCCCCUUUCUCAGCUCUCUCUCUCUUUCUCUCUCUCUCUCUCUUUCUUUCUCACUACAUUCCUCCCUCCCAUCCUCUGAAAGAGUGCUUCCUCCAACCAUUUCCACUACACCCGCCGACGCUUUAGAUCGGACGAAAGUUUUGCGUCCUAGCCUGGCAAACUUUGCUUUAUUUUUCUCUACAUUUGUUUUUAUUAUAUAUA